AUGAGUCGUCAGUUUCCUCACUCAAGUGCACCUUUGAAAUCGAUCAAGGAAGUCCAGUUUGGUCUUAUGUCGCCGGAAGAGAUCAGAGCCAUUAGUGUGGCAAAGAUUGUUUACCCAGAAACAUUUGACCAAGCUACAAAACGUUUUAAAGAAGGCGGUUUGAAUGACCCAAGGCUAGGCUCCAUCGAUCGUAACUACAAAUGUCAAACUUGUGGAGAAGAUAUGUCAGAAUGUCCGGGACAUUUCGGCCAUAUAGAAUUAACCAGACCCGUGUUCCAUAUUGGAUUCAUUGCCAAAAUCAAGAAGGUUUUGGAAAGUAUAUGUUUCCAUUGUGGCAAGCUCUUGCUUGAUGAAGAAAACCCAUUAAUGGCACAAGCAAUCAAGAUCAGAGACCCUAAAAAGAGAUUUAAUGCUGUUUGGGGUCUAUGCAAAAGCAAGAUGAUUUGUGAGACAAGCGAAAUUGAAGGCAAGCGUGGUGGAUGUGGGCACACGCAACCCACAAUUCGUCGAGAUGGUCUCAAGCUUUGGGGUACAUGGAAAAGUAAUAAAAACUUUGAAGAUAAUGACCAACCAGAGCGUCGUCAAUUAACCCCUACAGAGAUUCUCCAAAUUUUCAAGCACAUAACCUCAGAAGAUUGCUAUCGUUUGGGAUUCAAUGAAGAUUACGCGAGACCCGAGUGGAUGUUGAUCACUGUUUUGCCAGUGCCUCCACCACCGGUUAGACCAAGUAUUGCGUUCAAUGAUACUGCUAGAGGAGAAGAUGACUUGACAUUCAAGUUGGCAGAUGUGAUCAAGGCAAACAUGAAUGUGCAGCGUUUGGAAAUGGAUGGAUCUCCACAACACGUCAUUAGUGAAUUCGAGGCAUUGUUACAAUUCCAUGUUGCCACAUAUAUGGAUAAUGAUAUUGCAGGGCAACCUCAAGCUUUGCAAAAGACUGGUCGUCCGAUCAAGUCGAUUAGAGCGAGAUUGAAGGGUAAAGAAGGUCGUUUGAGAGGAAACUUGAUGGGUAAGAGAGUUGACUUUUCAGCACGUACUGUUAUUUCUGGUGAUCCCAACUUGGACUUGGACCAAGUCGGUGUCCCCAUCUCGAUUGCAAAGACAUUGACAUAUCCUGAGAUUGUUACACCAUACAAUAUUCACAAAUUAACGGAAUUGGUGAGGAACGGUCCCAGCGAGCACCCAGGUGCCAAGUAUGUGAUUAGAGAUACUGGUGAUCGUAUUGAUUUGAGAUACAAUAAGAGAGCUGGAGAUAUCGCAUUGCAAUAUGGAUGGAGGGUGGAGCGUCAUCUUAUGGAUGAGGAUCCCGUUUUGUUCAACCGUCAGCCUUCAUUGCAUAAGAUGUCUAUGAUGGCGCACAGAGUUAAAGUUAUGCCAUACUCAACAUUUAGAUUGAACUUGUCUGUUACUUCUCCAUAUAAUGCCGAUUUCGAUGGUGAUGAAAUGAACUUGCAUGUUCCACAAUCUCCAGAGACACGGUCAGAGUUGUCGCAGAUUUGUGCUGUGCCUUUGCAGAUUGUUUCUCCUCAAUCAAAUAAACCAGUGAUGGGUAUUGUUCAAGAUACAUUGUGUGGUAUCCGUAAAAUGACUUUGCGUGAUAUUUUCAUCGAGUAUGACCAAGUAAUGAAUAUGUGUUACUGGAUACCAAAUUGGGAUGGUGUCAUUCCUCCACCAGCCAUUAUCAAGCCCAAGCCACUUUGGUCAGGAAAGCAAAUGCUUUCUUUAGCAAUACCAAAGGGUAUUCACUUGCAAAGAUUCGAUGGAGGAAGAGAUUUGCUUAGUGCCAAGGAUACCGGAAUGUUGAUUGUUGAUGGUGAAAUCAUGUUUGGUGUUGUUGACAAGAAAACAGUUGGUGCUACAGGUGGAGGAUUGAUCCACACUGUUAUGAGAGAAAAAGGACCUACAGUUUGUGCACAAUUGUUUAGUUCGAUUCAAAAAGUUGUCAACUUUUGGCUUCUUCAUAAUGGUUUCAGUAUUGGUAUUGGUGAUACAAUUGCUGAUGCUGCAACAAUGAAGGAUAUCACAAAGACUAUUCAAGAGGCUAAGGCCAAGGUGCAGGAGAUUAUCUUGGAUGCCCAGCAUAACAAGUUGGAGCCAGAGCCAGGUAUGACUUUGAGAGAAUCUUUUGAACACAAUGUUUCUCGUGUUUUGAAUCAAGCGCGUGAUACUGCAGGUCGUUCUGCAGAAAUGAGUUUGAAAGAUUUAAACAAUGUUAAACAGAUGGUGGUUUCAGGUUCCAAAGGUUCCUUUAUUAAUAUCUCGCAAAUGAGUGCCUGUGUUGGUCAGCAAAUUGUUGAAGGUAAGAGAAUUCCAUUUGGUUUUGCCGAUAGGUCUCUUCCUCAUUUCACCAAAGAUGAUUACUCACCAGAGUCUAAAGGUUUUGUUGAAAACUCGUAUUUGAGAGGUUUAACCCCACAAGAGUUUUUCUUCCAUGCGAUGGCUGGUAGAGAAGGUCUUAUUGAUACCGCCGUUAAGACAGCCGAAACUGGUUAUAUCCAACGUCGUUUGGUUAAAGCCUUGGAAGACAUUAUGGUGCAUUAUGAUGGUACAACAAGAAACUCACUUGGUGACAUUAUCCAAUUCAUCUAUGGUGAAGAUGGUAUUGAUGCUACUCAAGUUGAGAAACAAUCUGUUGAUACGAUUCCAGGAUCAGAUGAGAGUUUUGAGAGGCGUUAUAGAAUUGAUGUGUUGGAAAAGAAUGCUUCAAUUUCAACGAAUUUGCUCGAGUCUGGUGAGGAAAUCCAAGGUGAUGUCGAGUUGCAAAAAAUACUCGAUGAAGAGUAUAAUCAAUUGCUUGAGGAUAGAAAGUAUUUGAGAGAUGUUGUUUUCCCCAAUGGUGAUUUUAGCUGGCCAUUACCAGUCAAUUUGCGUCGUAUUAUCCAGAAUGCUCAGCAGAUAUUCCACAGUGGCCGUGAUAAGCCUUCGGACUUGAGGUUGGACGAGAUUGUUGAGAGCGUACGUGAUUUGUGCACAAAAUUCCUUGUUGUGAGAGGUGAUACUCCGCUUAUGAAGGAAGCACAAGAAAAUGCUACGUUGUUGUUCCAAUGUCUUGUUAGAUCAAGACUUGCAUCGCGUAGGGUUAUUGAGGAGUUCAAGCUUAACAAGGCUUCAUUUGAAUGGGCAUUGGGUGAGAUUGAAACUCAAUUCCAAAAGUCUGUGGUCCAUCCUGGUGAGAUGGUUGGUGUUGUUGCUGCGCAAUCGAUUGGUGAGCCUGCUACUCAAAUGACGUUGAACACUUUCCACUAUGCCGGUGUCUCUUCAAAGAAUGUUACAUUGGGUGUUCCUAGAUUGAAGGAGAUUUUGAAUGUUGCCAAAAACAUCAAAACACCAGCAUUAACAGUUUAUUUGGACCCAGAAGUGGCAUCUGAUAUCGAGCUGGCCAAGAUUGUUCAAUCGUCUAUUGAGCACACAACUUUGAAGAAUGUUACCUCAUCAACAGAAAUCUAUUAUGAUCCUGAUCCAAGAACUACGGUGAUUGAAGAGGAUUACGAUACGGUUGAAGCUUAUUUUGCAAUUCCCGAUCAAAAAGUCGAGGAGAGCAUUGAGAAGCAGUCACCAUGGUUGUUGAGAUUGGAGUUGGACCGUGCAAAGAUGUUGGAUAAGCAAUUGACCAUGGCGCAAGUUGCCGAGAAAAUAUCACAGAACUUUGGUGAUGACUUGUUUGUUAUCUGGUCCGAUGAUACUGCAGAUAAGUUGAUUAUCCGUUGUCGUGUUGUUAGGGAUCCUAAGUCUUUGGACGAGGAUGCUGAUGCCGAAGAAGAUCAAAUAUUGAAGAGAAUUGAAGCGCACAUGUUGGAGUCUAUCUCAUUGCGUGGUAUUCCUGGUAUUACCAGAGUGUUUAUGAUGCAACACAAGGUUAGUAAACCAGAUGCGACCGGUGAGUUUAAACAAGGUAAGGAGUGGGUUUUGGAAACCGAUGGUGUUAAUUUGGCCGAUGUCAUGGCAGUACCGGGAGUUGAUUCCGCACGUACUUAUUCUAAUGACUUUAUUGAGAUUUUGUCGGUGUUGGGUAUCGAGGCUACUAGAUCGGCGUUGUUCAAGGAGAUUUUGAAUGUUAUUGCAUUUGAUGGUUCUUAUGUCAACUAUCGUCAUAUGGCAUUGUUGGUGGAUGUUAUGACAUCUCGUGGUCACUUGAUGGCCAUUACUCGUCAUGGUAUUAAUAGAUCCGACACAGGUGCGUUGAUGCGUUGUUCUUUCGAGGAAACCGUUGAGAUUUUGUUGGACGCUGCAGCUUCAGCAGAGUUGGACGAUUGUAAAGGUAUUUCGGAGAAUGUUAUGUUGGGUCAAAUGGCUCCCUUGGGAACCGGUUCAUUCGAUGUUAUGGUUGAUGACAAGAUGUUGCAGCAGGCACCUACUAAUGUUGCAAUGGUUGAAGUUGCUGAUGACGGUGGUGCUACUCCAUACAGAGAUCUUGAGAUGGAGGAUGAGCAGAUUGUUGUGGAUGAGGGUGCAGGUUUCUCGCCGGUGCAUAACGCCAUGUCGGAUAACAUGAAUGGAGGUUUGACUUCUUAUGGUGGCCAACCAACCUCGCCUGGCAAUACUUCGCCAUUCAGCUAUGGCACAACACCAGGAUACGGCGGUACCAGUCCAGGAUAUGGUGGAACCAGUCCAGGCUAUGGAUACUCCCCAACAUCUCCAUCAUACUCGCCGACAUCUCCAAGUUACUCACCUACAUCUCCAUCCUAUUCUCCAACAUCUCCAUCUUAUUCUCCAACUUCACCUUCGUAUUCUCCAACUUCGCCAAGUUACUCACCUACAUCUCCAAGUUACUCACCUACAUCUCCAAGCUACUCGCCAACUUCGCCAAGUUAUUCUCCAACAUCUCCAAGUUACUCACCUACUUCUCCAUCAUAUUCACCAACAUCACCUUCGUACUCACCAACAUCACCUUCGUACUCACCAACAUCUCCAAGUUACUCACCAACAUCUCCAAGCUACUCGCCAACUUCGCCAAGCUACUCCCCAACAUCACCUUCAUACUCACCAACUUCGCCAAGUUACUCACCAACAUCUCCAUCAUACUCUCCAACAUCUCCAAGUUACUCUCCAACUUCACCACAGUACUCACCUACAUCACCGCAAUAUUCUCCAACAUCACCUUCGUACUCACCUACAUCACCUUCUUAUUCACCUACAUCUCCACAAUAUUCCCCUACAUCUCCCCAGUACUCUCCUAGAUCGCCAAACUACUCACCUAAAUCACCAGAGUAUAAACCAAAGUCGCCAUCUAAAAAGGAUUGA